UUUUUUAUAAUUAAAAAACUUUUAUUAUUUUUUAGCAAUUAUUGGAGGUGGUAUUGGUGGUGCAGCAAGUUCUCAUUUUCUUGCAGAAUUAUUUAAAAAUAAUCUUAAUAUCGAUUUAUAUGAAGCAAAAACUAUCGGUGGACGUUUGGCUACAAUAAAAAUUAAUAAUAAUGAAUUUGAAGCUGGAGGUUCAAUUAUACAUUCUCAAAAUAAAUACAUGCAAGAAUUUGUUAAACUACUUGGCUUAGAACAUAGACCAUUUAAUGAUCAAAAAACAAGUAUUUGGAAUGGCAAUGAAAUUGUAUUUGAAGAAAGUAAAUGGGAAUUAUUAUCACUAAUUAAGUUAAUUUAUAGAUAUGGUAUUCAACCAUUUAGUCUGAAUAGAUAUACAACUUCUAUAAUAAAUAAUUUUGAAAAAAUAUACCAUCUGCAGGAUAGUGGAAAAACUUUUACAAAUAUUAGUAGCUUUUUGUUAUCUAUAAAUACUGAAUUUCCAAAAUUGGUACAAAAAUCUAUUAAAAAUGAACUUUUAGAUCUUGGUUAUUCAGAAAAAAUUAUUAAUGAAAUUGUUAAAACAACAUUGGUAGUAAACUAUGGACAAGAUAUAAAUGUUCAUAGCUUUGUUGGUUUUGUAUCUUUAGCUGGAACAGAUUUUAAUUUAUGGUCUGUUAAAGGGGGAAAUAAAAAGAUACCUGAGCACUUAAUAUAUAGAAAUAAGCAUUUAAAUGUUGUGCCUUCACAUGUAAUUAAAAUUAUUAACAUAUCACAGAAUAAUACUCAAAAUUUAUAUGAAGUACAUUAUUGCAAUCAAGGUAGUACAAUUAUAAUGAAAGCAUUAUAUGAUAUUGUCAUUUUGGCAAUUCCACUUACUCAUGACCAGGAAUUUCCUAUUAUUUUUGAAGGAUUUCCAAAAAAUGAUUUUUAUAGCUUUGAAAAAUAUCAUGAAACUGUAGCUACAUUUGUAAAAGCAGAUUUAAAACCACAUUAUUUUGGUUUGCAAGAAGAAUUAGAUAAUAUUUUAAGUUGUGAUCCUAACAAAACUAUAAUUAAUUCUAUAGGAAGAUUAAAUUCUGUAGAUGGAAUAAUAAAAAAUAGUAAAGUUUGGAAGAUAUUUAGCAACAAACCAUUAAAAUCAAAAAUUAUAAAUGAAAUGUUUUCAAAUAUUCAGGAAACAAAACAGAUUUUUUGGAAAGCAUAUCCUGAAUAUUCAACUAGAAUUCAUGAAGCAAAAUUUAAAUUACAUGAUGCUCUUUAUCAUGUUAAUGCUAUUGAAUGGAUUGCUAGUGCAAUGGAAAUGAGUGCAAUAGGUGGAAGAAAUGUUGCAUUAUUAGCAUAUCAAGAUUUUUUUACAAAAUAUUGUUUUGAAAAAAUUAUAAAAACAGCUUCAUCUGAAAAAACAUCACACAUUGAAUUAUAAUAUAAAAUAUUGUUGUAUGUAUUGUAAAAUACAUGUAAAAUAAUUAGUUUUAGUAAUUAGUUUUAGUUUUAUAAAAAAA